AUGACAGUUGAAACUGAAAGCCUUACGGAAUACAUUCUUGUGGAGUACCGUUGGGUGGUGGUGAUCACGGUGCUGUUGCCUCUCUCAUUGCUGUGGAAGAUCUGGUCUACGUUCAGGAAUUAUGUCGUAUUCAAGCUCAGUAGCGCACCGAAGAUGCAUGAGAAAAAAGUCAGUUACGUGCAGAAGCAGAUAAGAACCUGGUUAAAAGGGGAUCGCAGUACGAGGUUAUGCACCGCUCGGCCUUCUUGGCAAAACAUGUCGUUCCGUCAGAGCACAUACAAGAAGACUUUUACAAAGAUCAAGAUCAAUCUCGUGGACAUACUUGAGAUUGACGACAAAAACAUGACCGUCCGCUGCGAGCCGCUAGUCACAAUGGGACAACUGUCCCGAACACUGGAACCAUUAGGUCUAGCUCUGGCCGUCGUGCCAGAGCUAGAUCAGCUCACGGUUGGAGGUCUGGUGAUGGGGACUGGAGUGGAGACGUCGUCGCACGUGCAUGGGCUAUUCCAGAAUAUCUGCUUGCAGUAUGAGUUAGUGUUAGCUGAUGGAUCUCUUAUAACUUGUAGUAAAGAUGAAAAUUCAGAUCUUUUCUACGCUGUUCCAUGGUCAUACGGCACUUUUGGAUUCCUAACGUCUGUUGUCAUCAAAGUUAUACCCGCAAAAAAGUAUGUUCGACUUCAAUACCACCCGCAUACAAAACUCUCAGAACUGGCAGAUCACUUUAGACAGGAGUCCUUGAAAGAAAACCCUCACCAGUUCGUAGAAGCUGUGAUGUUCAGUAAAGAAGCUGGUGUUUUGAUAACUGGAGAUAUGGUUGAUGAAAUUGGAAAUGAUGGACAGUUAAAUCCCAUUGGAAAAUGGUAUGCUGAGUGGUUCUUCACCCAAGUAGAAAGUCACCUUCUGAGGAACAGCUCCGUCAUAGAGUACAUUCCCCUUCGAGACUACUAUCACAGACAUACUAAGAGUCUCUUCUGGGAGUUACAGGACAUUAUUCCAUUCGGCAACAACAUUUUGUUCCGGUAUCUCUUCGGUUGGUUGAUGCCUCCAGAGGUGUCACUCCUGAAGCUGACGCAACCGGACGCAGUCGGCAAAUUGUAUGACAGAUCUCACGUCAUACAGGACAUGUUGGUGCCGAUUGAACACCUGGAGAAGGCUGUUAAUGUUUUCCAUAAGGCGAUUGAGGUAUACCCGAUGUGGCUGUGUCCAUUCAAAGUGUUCAACAACCCUGGUCAACUAAAGAUCAAGACUACUGAAGACUCCCAGAUGUUCGUCGACAUCGGCGUGUAUGGGGUCCCUAAAGCUAAAGGCUUUGAAACUGUAUCUUCAACCCGCCACAUUGAGAAAUUUGUCGUCGAACACAAUGGCUUUCAGAUGCUUUACGCUGAUACUUACACAAGCAAAGAAGAGUUCCGACAAAUGUUCGACCACACGUUGUAUGACAAAGUGAGAGACAGUCUCCAAUAUUGUAGCGAAGCUUUCCCAGAAAUUUAUGGAAAAGUGAACAGAGCUGUUAGAAAAUAG